AUGUGUCGCGGUGUGAGAGUGCAGGACGAAUGGACAUAUUUCUGUGGAAUAUGGGUGAAAAACCGAUCCAUAGUUAUCUUUCUUGCGAUCGCUCAGUUCAUCGUCGCUACCGUCUCUCUAGGCCAGCAUAUCUAUUCCGUAGUGAAUUUUAAUAAGAUUUUCUUAUGUUCUUUCAACGAAAGCUCACCAAAUGCAGGAAAUUUUCUUAGUGCUGAUGUGAUCAUUUUUGAUUUCGGACUUUUCCACGAACUUAUACAGGUGCAAGAAUGUAUCGCUAACUACCUAGACGGAGGCUAUAUGCGAUGUUUAUGGUGUUUAGGACAAAUGGCUGCUCUAGCAUUAACCAUUGUGACUUGCCUGGGUGUAGCACAUCCGCAUCCGUUGCUGUUGUGGCCACAGCUUAUCAUACAGAACGCCUACUGCUUCGGCCUCGUAAUUCUGACUAUCGCCACUGCUGACAAAUUGCUGGUCGCCAUCCUGCAUCCAGUAAAUCCACAUCUCAGCUUGCUCAUUUUCUACUUUGGCGUUGGCACUUGCACUAAUCACAUCUUCGAUUACAUAUUAUGGCACUACUACUGGCACGAAGAGUACCAGUACAUUACAAGAACAGGAAAGCACGUGAUUCCAUUUUGGGUAUGA